AUGUCAAGCGGGCAACCGGAUUCUCUUGCAAGAAUGCAAAUUGUUCCAGGUAGGAUAUUGAAUUUUUUAGUGUUAGGGACAGAAAGCUCAGAAUCUAGUGCUUUUAUUGGUUCUUUUCUUUCAACAAUUCCUGAUGCACAGUUAUCAGAAAUCCCUCCGGCAAUGUCAAUGACAACAGUCGCUGUACAAUGGGGAAAUGAAGUUCUUUGUGUAAAUUUGACAAGAAUUUCUUCAAAAGCAAGAUUAGCUUCCUCAUCAACUUUCGCAUACGAAAGAGCUGAUGGUGUGAUUUUUAUUACAUCAUCACCUACAAUCGAUAACGUACAGAUAUUAACGAGAUGGCGUAAAGAAAUUAAUACAAGAAUUACUUCAUCGAGUAUUCCUGCAAUUUUUGUUAUUCAAAGAGCAGAAAAUCAAAGAAUGCAAGAAAAAGCUGCGUCUACUACCAAUAUUAAAGAACGAGGAUUCAAAGAUGUAAUUCAAAUCCUCACUGGUGACUCAGAGCAUGCCCAAAGUGUUGUUAAACACUUAAUUUGGCAUGUAAUGGGUAAUGAACCAAAGCAACUCACUUCUUCUUAUGGUUCUCUUCUUGCUGCUGCAUCGCGUGGUGCUGCGAACUUUGGAAACCUGUUCUAA